AUGGAACACUUCGUCGACGUGCUCAUCAUUGGCGCGGGCCCUGCAGGGCUCAUGUGCGCUACCGCGCUUGCGAGUGCCGGAGUCAGCGUGAAAAUAGUGGAUAAAAGACCUACCAGGGUCUUGACGGGACAGGCGGACGGCAUACAGCCCAGGACAACCGAAGUAUUGCAGAGCUACGGACUUGCCGAACGUCUCAUUCGCGAAGCUGCGUUGGUGCACGUUGGCGUAUUCUACAACCCGAACGAGAAGGGCGAGAUUGAGUGCACAGGUCGUCAGGCGGAUGCACCACAAAGCUCUCGGUACCCUUUCAAGAUUUCCCUCAAUCAGGGAUCUAUCGAGGUCAUCUUCCUGGAUGCCAUGAAAUCGCACGGACUCACCGUCGAUCGCUCCAUGGCCCCGACUGCCAUCACAUUCGAUGAGGCAAAGCUGUCAGAUCCAUCUGCACACGCCGUUAAGGUAACUCUGGAACAUUUAGCGACAUCUGACUCUCCCGGACGCAGAGAUGAAGUGCAUGCGAAGUUUGUAGUGGGCGCAGACGGCGCACAUUCAUGGGUACGCAAGAACCUCGGCAUAACCAUGGACGGAGAUCAGACAGAGCACCUAUGGAGCGCGAUCGAUUUGGUGCCCGACACGAACUUCCCCGAUAUACGGAAUCGCACGAACAUUCACUCCGUGAAUGGCUCUCUCAUGGUCAUUCCACGGGAAAACGACAUGGUCCGACUGUACGUUCAGCUUUCGGACAGAGAUGUUAUAAAUCCAGCCACCGGACGCGUGGAGCGAGACCGAAUGACCCCCGAGAAGCUGAUUCAUGUUGCUCAAAAGUCUUUAUAUCCCUAUACGCUCAAGACCACGCAAGAAGUUGACUGGUGGACAGUCUACCUAAUUGGACAGCGCGUCGCUUCAAAGUUCUCUACACAUGAGCGAAUCUUCAUUGCGGGCGACGCAUGCCAUACCCAUUCUCCGAAAGCAGGACAGGGAAUGAACGCUAGCAUCAAUGACAGUCAUAACUUAGCAUGGAAACUUGUUCAUGUCCUUCGAGGAUGGGCAGGUUUAUCUCUUCUGAAAUCGUAUGAGCUGGAACGUCGUAAAUUUGCGCAAGAGUUAAUUGAAUUUGACAAGAAGCACUCGACCCUCUUCUCCGCAAAACCGAAGACCAAAACCUUCCAGAACGGGGUAAGCCACGAGGACAUCGUGAAAUCGGCCGAGAAGUUUGCUGGGUUUGCUUCGGGAAUCGGUAUCCAGUAUCAGGAGUCUGUUCUUGUGAACGCGAAGCACCAAUCGUGCGCCCAGAACCUCAUCGUCGGGCAACGAAUGCUUCCUCAAGUUUUCAUCCGCGCUGCUGAUUAUGGUCCAUACGACAUCCACGACUAUCUGGUGGCAGAUGCACGGUUCAAGGUUCUCGUCUUUGUUGGCGACGUGAAUGAAUCAGCGCAACUUGUCAAAAUUCAAGCGCUGGCUGAAGUGCUUCAUAAGCCAACAAGCUUCUUGAACAAAUACCUCCAGGACGGGCAAGAGAUCGAGAGCAUGUUCGGCGUCAUCACCAUCACUGCCAAAUCACAGGGCCUUGUCGACAUGCUCAGUCUCCCCGCUGUGCUUCGGCCGCAUUGGUCCAAGGUUUUAGUGGACGACAUUGGCAUGACAAAGAGCCAGGGCGGGCACGCUUAUGAGAGGUUCGGCAUUGACGAAAAAGAGCUGACGCUGGUGAUAGUCCGACCAGACGGCUAUGUUGGCACGAUAGCACCAGCGUCGCAUGUCGAAGAUGUCAAUGACUACUUCGCGAGUUUCAUGGUCGUGUCCUCUUGA